AUGUCGUGCCCUGGCAGCUUGCUGUCCGUAUUGGACCAUGCACACCUCGGAAGUGCCCUGCUUUUGCACAGCUCUGCAUGCCUUGGUCUCACGACGCCUACCUACGGCAGCGUUCGUUUGGGCUCUGCCUUCCCUACUCUGGAUUUCAUUCAUUUGGGGGCUUUGCUGCCGCUCAGGACGCAUGGUCGGUUGGACUUUGCCACGUCUGCCUAUGGGCUGUCUCGUUUGGGAUCGGUAACGCCUGCUCUUGACCUUAUCCAUCCUGGCCCCACCACGCCACUUCACGGGUUCACCCGGUUAGGAGCCUUGACGCCUGCCUAUGGUGUCGCGUGCACGGGGGCUGCGCCGCCGGCUUCGGAUUCUGUGCAUGCAGAGCUUCUGACGUUCCUGCGUGGACUUGUUCGGAUGGGCCUGCUGGCAUCAGUCUACGGAAUGACCCGACCAGCAGCCCCUUUGUUUGCUUUGGACAUGUUCAUGCCGGGGUCUUCACUACUUGCACGCAGCUUCGUUCAAAUGGGCUUUUCUGUGUCGGCCUACGGAAUGAGCUGCCUGGGAGAUUUGCUGGCCAUCCUUGACGUGCUGCAAGUCGGUUUGCCUCUUGCCUUGCAGGGUUUCUCCAGGUUAGGGUCUUUGCCGCUUGCGUACGGCCUGGCGCAAUCAGGCACCUCACUGCUCGUUUUGGACCACGUGUCUUCAGGUUCCUUGCUUUUCUUGCGAACGCACAUCUGCCUCGGCCCUCCAAUGGCUAUCUUUGGAAUGGCCUGCCUUGGCUUCGCCAUGCUGGUGUAUGACUACGUGGAGCCGGGCAGUGGCCCGUUCGUGACAAGCUUUGCUCGGCCGGGGUCGCCGCCUUCGGCCUACGGCAUCUCGCGUCCGGGCACGUCACUGCCGGCCGUGGACUCUUUGGCGCCGGGUGCCUUUCUGCUGCCUCGCAGUCUCGCCUGCUUGGACCUUUUUCUGCUGACCUACGGUGUGUCAUGGCUGGGUCUGUUGCUGCUGGUCCUGAAUUCUGCCAGUUUGGGUGUUUUGAUGCCUACAAGGACCUUUUGCUACAUCGGGCCCACCCCAUCGCUUUACGGGCUUGGCUGCAUCGGUUCUUUGCCACUUGCCUUGGACCUUGUCCAAGUCGGCCCAUCACUCCUUGCGAGAAGUCUUGCGCAGACGGAUGCGUUGUUACCUAUGUUCGGCCUGGUGCACCUGGGUCUGCCAUUGCCGGCUUCGGAUUUUGUGAGCUUAGGUCCGCUGCUGCCGACAAGAACCUUCGUUUGUUUGGGGUCUUUGCUGCUUCCGAGCGGUUCGGCUCGGCCUGGAUCGCCUUCGCUUGUGUUGGACCUCAUUCACCUUGGCCCUUUCUCACUGCUUCAGGGCUCUGCUUGA